CGAGUCUCCUUGAGCUCUGGGCGCAUUAUUUCUACGUCACUGUUUGUGCUGACGCGGCGUAAGCGCUUCAUCCGUUCGGAUCACAUACGUGUCUGUCUCUUUUCAACCAAGCCUAGGAUCCAAGCAGUGGACUUACCGGAGACAUGGCUCCUAAAAGCGCCAGCAAACAGCAGUCAGAGGAGGAUCUUCUCCUGCAGGACUUCAGCAGGAACCUGUCGGCCAAAUCCACAGCGCUAUUCUACGGCAAUGCGCUAAUCGUGUCCGCAAUCCCUAUCUGGCUGUUCUGGAGGAUCUGGCACAUGGACCUGGUCCAGUCUGCAGUACUGUAUGCAGUCAUGACUCUAGUCAGCACUUACCUGGUGGCUUUCGCUUACAAGAAUGUCAAAUUCGUCCUCAAGCACAAGGUUGCUCAGAAGCGUGAAGAUGCCGUGUCUAAAGAAGUGACUCGCAAGCUCUCCGAGGCCGACAACCGCAAAAUGUCCCGCAAAGAGAAGGACGAGAGGAUCCUUUGGAAAAAGAACGAGGUCGCCGAUUACGAGGCCACGACUUUCUCCAUCUUUUACAACAACACGCUCUUCCUCAUGCUCGUCAUCAUCGCCUCUUUCUUCCUGCUGAAGAACUUCAAUCCAACAGUGAACUACAUUCUGUCCAUCAGUGCUUCUUCGGGUCUGAUCGCCCUGCUGUCCACCGGCUCCAAAUAAAACAGGACAACACGUAAAAUGAGGAUUAUGGGGGGAGGGCGACGUGUUAAAGGAGGUUUGUUAUAUUUCGGGAGGGCGUUUAUCAUUUAAUAUGUAAAAGCUUCAUGAAAUUCAUGAUCAGUUAAGGCUUGUCUGGUCUCUCGUUUUCGUUUUGUACCAAUAAAAGACUGUUUACUCGUA